AUGAAAAGAGACGCCAAAGACCACGCUAGAAACCGUCUCAUGGAUUUCUACAUCCGCAAAGCGCCGACCUAUUCUACCAUCGUUAAAAUCGAGCAUUUCGAGAACGAUGCUCCAGCAGAGGCGAAAGAUUUUGAGCCUGUUGUGGUGUACUCAUUGAACAAGAAGAAAAGAUGGGAGAUUGAUCAGGAUUCUCUCAAUCUGCUUUCUGGAGAUGAAGACGUAAAGUCAGUGGUGAUCGAAAGGGAAAUUCCAGAUCUUUACUAUGCAUGGUGGAGCCUCAAUAAUGUCCAUUCCCACGACUGCGUCAACCAUUCCAAACCAGUCAGUUCCAAACAAAUCGAUGAGGUAAAGAACGAAGAGAAAGUGAUCGGAUACCACAUUGUUCGAGUGCCAAAGAACCACAAAAAGGUGUUCGAUAACAAGUGCUUCAGAUACAUUGGGCUCAGAUACCCAGAGUUUCUUGGCUACUCGCAUCGCGAUCUCCUGACUCCAUUGGAAUACGAAUUGAAAGAAAAUGAAGGUCCAGAAGACGUUGAUGAAGAUUCUGAAGUCGUGAAGGACGUCGGGGAAAAUUCUAAACCAACGAACGUCUACAACUUGGCUGAUCAUUUUGUUGCCAAGAAACAAAGAAAACCAAAAGGAUGGAUUUCUGUGUGA